GUUAUUUCAAUUUCGGGCACAGGCGCUAGAUGGCGCAUUAGUUUUCGGUUUGUAUAUGGACUAAACGACCAAUUUCCAGUACUAUUAAAAUAAACAAAACAAAAAGCAAUAAAAAUUGAGAACAUAAAUAAAACGAAAGUUUGUAGACGUACAUACAUCCAUACAUAUCUAUGUACAUACAUAUAUUAGAUGAAAUGAACUUAAAAGCAUAAAAAACAAGGCUCUGUUUAAUUGUGACUACAUUUUAUAUUAAUAAAUUUCUUAUAUUAUUUUGUUAAUAAAAGAAAAUCCAUGUCCGUACAACGUUUGGAACUAAGACUACAAAAUCCCAACGCAAUUUUUGAGAGUUGGUUAGAGCGUUGGAUACAAGAAGCCGAAACCAAAGGAAGUAAAUCACAGUACAAAUUGCGCGAAGCAUUGGAUGCACUGAAAAUGUAUCCCCUUCCGUUGUCUUCUGGCAGGGAAUGCGCCAUACUUAGAGGUUUUGGUUCAACACUUUGUAAUCUAAUAGAUCAAGAAAUGCAAAAGCAGAUGACAAAAGCCGAAGCUAUUGGUUUAAAUAGCAGUUUGUAUGAGGAAGACCUAAAAAUGGUAGUGGAAUCUGUAAAGAAAACUAGGAAAAAAGUUCUAUCGUCUAAAGAAAAGACAAUAAAAUUAACAAAAAAACAACAAAAAGCUAUUGCCGAGGAAGAGGAACGUAAUAAACAAGUUUCGAUGAGUCCCGGAACAUUCAGAAUCCUACUUCUGUUAGACACACAGGAGACAAGUGGAAAAAAUAAAAAAACCUUGGAUCAAACACGGGGUUAUUUAGAAUCUUUAAGUGUUGCAUUUGAAGUGAGGCGUUUAACUGUUGGAGAUUUUCUUUGGAUUGCACGCGACAAAGAAGGUAAUGAGUUGGUUCUCCCAUAUAUAGUCGAACGCAAACGAAUGGAUGACUUAGCAUCUAGUAUUAGAGAUGGGCGAUUUCAUGAGCAAAAACAUCGUCUCCGUCAAAGCGGGAUACAACAUAUUAUUUAUCUAAUAGAAGAUUAUGGGGAUAAUGAGCAUUUGGGUCUUCCCUUAGAUAAUCUUAAACAAGCUCUUAGUAAUACUUUAAUUCAGAACAAUUUUGCUAUAGAACACACCGAAAACCAUCGCCGGUCUAUGAUGUAUUUGCAAGGCUUAACAAAUUUGUUCAUAAGUCUUUAUAAAAAUAAAGUUCUUCUAAGUUGUGAAAAAGAAGAUAUUCAAAUCAGUGAACCUAGCCAACGUAUGGUGGGUCUGUUGAAAUUUAAGGCGCUCUAUGAUGAUUCUGCUCGUAAUGCCCACCUGACAAUUCGAGAGGUAUUUGUUCAGCAGCUAUUGCAAUUACAUUCCUUGUCUCUAGAAAAGGCUUUGGCUAUUGUGUCGGUCUAUCCUACACCUCGGUGUUUAAUGGAUGCUUACGAUAGUUGUGAAUCUGUUACUGAUGCUCGCAAUCUAUUGACCAAUAUAUGUUGUGGGCAAUUGGAAAGACCAUUAGGUGAUAAACUAAGUCAUGCAAUAUAUGACUUUUAUCAUAAUGAUUUUUAGCUUAAACAUGGUAGGUUUUAUUACUAAUAAAUUUAUAAAAUAUACUUAACUACAUACAGUGGAA